AUGAAAGUUGCUAGUUGUUCAAAAUUUAUUUACGUUAUAGGAUACAAGGAACAUUACCUGUGUGAUACUGAAGUGAAUCUAUGCUACUCAUCUCCAUGCCAUAACCAUGGCACGUGUGAAGUAAGAGAAGGGGGAUAUACUUGCUUGUGUCCUGAAGGAUACCUUGGAGAGCAGUGUGAAACAGUUUUGAAAAAAGAACAAGAUGCAUGCAGGCAGAAUGCACCCUGCUUAUUUGACAAGGAUUCGACAAAGACGUGCUUACCGAAACCAGGACGACCCAACUUCAUAUGUGAAGAAUGCAGCAUUUUGACAGAUGAUGGGCACUAUACACCUUUUUGUGAACUGAAGACAAGAAGCUUUGUGAAAGGAGCUUUUCUUACAUACCCUAGUCUAAAGCAGAGGCAUAGACUUACUGUUAGCAUUAAAUUCGCUACACAGGCUCAAAGUGGUCUGCUAUUAUACAAUGGACGUUACAAUGAACGGCACGACUUCCUGGCUUUGGAGAUAUGGGAGUCGGACGUCCGUUUCUCAUUUUCACUAGGUGAUGAACAAGUGGCCAGAGCGCAGGCGCAUAUCCCUGGAGGGGUCUCCGAUGGAAAAUGGCAUACAGUUCAUAUAACAUAUCACAAUAGAACUGCAACAGUUUCUCUUGAUGAUUGCGAUAUCAGGUAAGCAC